GAUUUUAGGGUUCUUGGAGGGCAUGGCGUGGCGCUGCGGCGGAUCUGUGGCGCUGGCGCGGGAAUGCUACUGGUUGUAAGUUGCGGGAGGAGAUCUUAGAGUAGGAUUUGGGGGCCCGGCGAUUGAUCGAGCGAUGCGAGCAGCGGCAGGGUUUGGGGAGUGAUGGGUAGUGAAAGACUGGCAGGGAAGCGGCCUCCUCCGACUCCUCAGGCUGCGCAGAGGAGGAAGCUUGCGAAUAUCACGAAUUUACAGUUCGUUGAAGAGAAUCCUGUCAAAGUCGAGCUCCAACAGGACGUGGCGAAAUUAAAGAGCCAAGUCGAAGCGCAGGCUGCUCACAUCGAGAAGCUCGAGCUAGCUUUGGAGCAAAAGUCCGCCCAGAACGAGGAAAUUAUACAACACUACUAUCGGCAGUACAAGGAGCUAGAGCAAGCACGACAAGAGAUGAAACUCUUACAGCACGAGUACACACAAAUGUGUAGCGUGUAUAGGAUAAGCAAGAGCGAACUCCAGAGCCAACUCGAGGAAGCCAACGAGCAAAUCAGGCGGCUCACUGAGAAAGAAAACCAGCCUCAACGAAAGAAGUCCAAGUCGCCACUGCCACCGCCGCCGAGCAUGCAAGCCAAGCCGACGAGAAAACGCAGAUCCACCAGAGUGGUUUCCACCAAAGUCCAGAGCUACUGCCCGGCUUCGAUCAAAGUGGAGGAGGAGCCGGAGCUGCCAGAGUUCGUCACGUCUCGAGCGUCUUCUCCCGGGGUAGUGAUCAAAACCGAGAAUUUUGUGAGAGCGCGGGCCGUGAGCACUUCCGGGAGGCCCGUGAGAAGAGCCGUGGAGACCGUGUCCUCGUACAAGGAGCCACCUCUCAACACGAAAAUGCGAAGGCCCGGAUAGCUCGAGAAGAAGCUAACAGCUUGGCCAGUUCGUCCACCGGUAAAACUCCCACAGACGGCUCGGGAGGAGGCAAAGGCUCCGCCAGCCUCUUCUGGAGUAGAAGUUCCUCGCGUCUCU